CUCUAGGAAACUUGCACACUCAUAGUUAUUAAGCUCCUUUGGACAAAAAUUAUCGCGAGAAAUUUGUUAUUUCUGCUACGAUUUGCGCUGCUUUGUGUAAAUUUUACCCUUUGAAUACUUUAAGAAGAGACCUCGUGGCCUUGUUACUUAAAAUCAAGGAUAAUUUCAAGGAAAUUUUGAAGUGUUGAUAAUGUUUCUCACAAGAUCAGAGUACGACAGAGGUGUCAACACCUUUUCACCAGAAGGUCGUCUCUUUCAAGUGGAAUAUGCAAUAGAAGCCAUAAAACUUGGAUCAACAGCUAUUGGCAUACAGACAUCGGAGGGUGUUGUGCUGGCUGUGGAAAAACGGAUCACCUCUCCUCUUAUGGAACCAACCAGUGUGGAAAAAAUUGUGGAAAUUGACAGUCACAUAGGUUGUGCUAUGAGUGGUCUAAUUGCCGACUCUAGAACAAUGGUGGAUAAAGCGAGAGUGGAAGCACAGAAUCACUGGUUCACAUACAAUGAAAAGAUGAGUGUGGAGAGUGUCACACAAGCUGUAUCAAACCUUGCGCUUGAGUUUGGAGAUGAUGAUGCAAGAGAAGGAGCCAUGAGUCGUCCAUUUGGUGUAGCUUUGCUAUUUGGGGGAGUAGAUGCCAAAGGUCCUCAACUUUAUCACUUGGACCCCUCUGGUACAUUUUUCCAAUAUGAUGCAAAAGCCAUAGGUUCGGGAUCAGAAGGUGCACAACAAGCUCUAGAAGAGGUUUAUCACAAGUCCAUGACACUGAGAGAAGCUUGUAAAUCUGCUCUUACAAUACUCAAACAAGUUAUGGAGGAAAAACUCAAUGCUACAAAUGUAGAGCUUGGAACUUCAACACCAGACAAAAACUUCCGGAUGUUUACAAAGGAAGAGAUUGAAACACUUGUACAAGAAAUAAAAUAACUACAACUUCAAGCCAAUUUUAAAAAAAAAAUUACUUUGUUUAGGUCACCCAGUACUCUCUAGCACUUAGUGUUUGUUCGUAAUAAAAGUCAAGUGGUGUUAAGUGAA